GAGAACAGUGAAGGAGAGGAGGAGGAGACAGAAAGAGAAGAAGAAGAAGAAGAAACAGAAGAAGAGGGGACACCGGGAGAAAUGCCCGCUGGACGGAUGGAUUUUAUUUUCCCCGAGCUGCACGAGCCUCUGUAAGACAACAUGGGCUGCAUAGGAUCCCGGACGAUCACAGUGGAUGCUGUGCCGGUACGGAAAGAUGGGGAUCAGCAUGGCCGUGCCGAGUUUUCCUGGGAAGGAAUCAAUUUGUCCAUGGAGGACACUACUUCCAUUCUGCCUCGUCUCAAGAGGAAGUCUGCCAACUCCUACGGGAUCGGUGCCCUGGCUAAGUCCUCUCUGACAGGUGUGUCAGGUGUGAGUCGCUCCAUGAAAGACAAAGUGACCAAGCCCACUGCCAUGGCUCAGGGUCGCGUCGCCCACAUGAUCGAAUGGCAGAGCUGGGGCAAACCAUCUGCAGGGCCGAUGGGCAGCGCGGGGCAUACCAACCUGCAGAGAGAAAAGGAGCGGAGGAUGGAGAACGACGCUUACAGCGACCUCAGCGACGGCGAGAAGGAGGCUCGCUUUGCUGCAGGCAUCAUGCAGCAGUUCGCGAUCUCUGAGGCGACUCUGUUCGGCUGGAACUCGAUGGACGGGGAGAGUAUGGGAGCUGGCUCCAACCAGGGCAGCGUCGCUCACCUCAGCGAGGUCAACCAGGAGAGCAUCACCAGCAGAGACCAGGUGCUCCAUCACUCCUCUGCAGAUGUCUGGCCUCACACCUACGUCUCACAGGGCCUGUACUGCCUGUCGUCCUCAGAUGCUUGGGACCCAAUCACCAGCCAGCCCUCGGGCGUGGCCUCACCUGCUGCAGGCUCCUACAUCAUGGCUGCUGGUGGCAGCAGUGGAGCAGGGGGUACACCUGGUGAGGGCUACGAGGGAACAGUAGGCAGUUACCUUCAGCAGCACCAGACUCAUUUUACCCUGCAGCAGCACAACCAACUCCAACAGCUCCAACAGCUUCACCACUACCAGCAGCAACAGCUUCUGCAGUACCAACAACAGUCUAUGGAGCACAGGCCACACAGUGCCUCCCAUUCCCUCCAAGCCACCCCCAACAGCACCAUCCACAGUCUCGGUCCUCCCACCCACCCUCGGCUAGCUGAUCUGUGGGGAGCUGCGCAGGUCGAGGCACACCACGUGGACAUCGUCGGCCAGCUGAGUGGACAGAUGGCUGAAAUGGUUGGAGGAGUGGUGGAGACAGUCGGAGAGGAGCCAGAGCCCGAUUCUGAGGACAUCGCUGAGCAGCAUGAAGAAGAGGAGGAGCUGACAAAGGUAGAAGAGGUAACAUUAACCUUGGAACCAGAGCCAUGCUCUUUGACCCCGUCCCCGCUGAGGGAGGAGGUCCCCUCUACCAGAGGCUCAAGCCCGGGACUGCCAGCACAGUUCGGCGAGUCUGUCGCGGAAAGGAUACCGUUCGACGUCACGCCCUGCGUCGUCCAACUGCUGGAGAAGGACGAAGAAGCAGUCGUCGUCGCGACCAACUGAAUCAUAGGGCCAGAAAAACUGACGAAAACAGGAAAUAAAUACUUCAAUAAUCAAUCAAGCUAUUCUAUCCCAACCCCCCCAAAACCCCCUCCCCACUAUUUACCCACUUUGAGUCCGAGGCGAGAAGACUUUUCCAGACGAAACGCGGGAUGUAAUGUACACUAACUAAAUGCCAAGAAGCCCUCCAAAGUUACUGCUGAAAUGUGGAGUAUAUUACUUGUGGGACAAUGAACACAUAAAAAAGGCAGAGACUGCUGAAACAAGCUGUGUGAGGAGAAGAUGGAUAUACAAUACGUUUGGACUAAACGGACCAAAGAACCAGGACUGAAGGCCGAACAGUCAGAUAACGGAUGGACAUGAAACUCUCGAGAAAGAACAAAAAUUAAAAAAAGACGAGGAACGAAGGGAGUAGUGAAAAUUCAGUGCAAUACAACAAACACGGACACUCGAGUCAAACAGUACGUGCAAAUAAUUCAGAGUGAUUGGUUCAAAGUUGCUUUUAGCAGCAGACGUAGGCGUGUGUCACAAACAAAAACUCCUUUUGAUUUGCUAAAUGAUGUAUUUUGCUUUGAUUGACAGCUUGUCAGUUGAAAUGCUCUCUCGCUGAGGUAAACCCAACCCAACCCAAUCCGAUCCGAUCCGAUGCUCAAGAGCGAGCUGUGGCACACACUCGGGAGUCGUUUGCAAACAACCAACCAAAAGAAAGUGCAUGCUUUUUAACAGUGACCUAGCCCUAACAGUAUAACAUCGUAUACAAAGUAAUAAUAUAUCAAAUUGCUUUUUAUAAUAAAAGAGAAAAUCAAA